CCAAGUCUACCAGCCCAGGAUGCCGCACUCCUGGGUCUCUGGACUCCCCAGCUUCUUGCCCGGUCUGCUUUUUGGCACUUUGGCAGGUCUCCAACAGGUAACUGGUGGAUGCCAAGUACACUACUUCUGCCCUGAAGGAUUUGAGUGUUGCGGUAAUGGCUGCUGUGUGAAGACAGAACAUUUCUCCGGCCCCAUGAGGACAUUUGUCAUCAGCUUCCUGGUCAUCAUCCCUCUGCUUUGUAUCUGUGGCUUGUCGAAGCGUUUGUGUCGAGCCUGCUGGGUCUCAGAGCCAGAGCCCCCAACCCAGCGAGAGGUGCCAGUGUCAGUGUCCUUCAGUAACCCUCCUGUGUCCCCUGAGAUUCCAGCACCUGCCACAUUUGGACCCCCACCGCCCUACACUGAGGUCAUUCAGAAGCCAGUCCUGUGCCCACCACCUCCCAGGGAGCCACCACCACCCUAUACCCUCACGCCUGUUGUGACGACUCAAAGCACCCAACGGGGAAUCAUCAACCCAGCCUUCUGAGGCAUGUUGGGACACCCUAGGAGCUUGACACUUAAUUUAUUUCUCUCCUUGCUUGUGCCUGUUCAAGUGUGUCCUCACUCCUAGGGGCCCUGGACAUUACCUGGCCUGUGAAUCCUCUCCUUUUCUUAGAGCUUUGAGGAUAGAGGGAAAGAGAGGCAAAUUUCAGCCCGUGUUAAGAAAGACAACUCUCUAAUGAUUGAAGGGGACUUCUUUGACACUUGAUAUGUUUAAGAAGAGGCUUGGAUGAUGGAUCACCUGUCCCAGAAUGCUGAAAGGAAGAUUUCUGCAGGUGGGAAGAGACCUUGGACUUGAGACAU